AUGCUCUUAAUUUUUGAUUGUCCUACUGAGGACUCCACUUCAUAUCUGAAGUUUUCUGAUGAUAUCAUCAAGAAUUCUACAGAGGUGCUUAUACUAUUUUAGGAUACUGAAAUCCCAAAUCAAUUUAGCAAAUAAGUGCAACACAAGAUAUCUCAAAAAAAUAGUGGCAAUAAUUUGCUAGCAAUAGAUAAGUCAAAUGGAUUGCCUUCAAACAUAAUCUCUACUUAUGAUAUAAAUAUCGCGUGGUUGCUGAUAGGUAUCUUCGGAUCUUAAAACAAUAAGCAAGUUCACAUCUUUACAGACUAGGCUGACUAAUUCAAGUCUAGACUUGAGACUAGCUCUAAUGAGAGAAAGCUUAAAACUAACCUAUUCAUCAGAAAAUGCAAUGAGGUCAAAGACUUCAAUGUUGAUGAAGCUAUAAAUCUCUGGAGCUAAUUUGAUAACUAGGAGGUUCUGAGCAACUUUGAAGUCACAUAGCUAAAAACUAUUUUGAAAAAGUUUAUAAAGCAAGUUGUUACAUCGAAGUAGCCAAAUAACCUUGAAAGACUCCUUAACAUAUCUCAAAACUUGGUAAAAGCUCAUAUGUCAACAAUCAGAAAAGAGAAAUACAAGGUCCAAAGUGAUUUGAGUUAUCAUUUCAUUAGAAGCUUGUUUCUUGACAAUGUUUUGGAUAACUAGGUAAUAACAAGUGCAAUCUUGACUAACCAGAUCUAGACUAUCACAGAUUUUGAGAACUUUACUCAGAUAAACUACACUCCCAAGUUUUAAUAGAUCAUUGAUUAGAUCUAGUUGUAAAUCCAUUAGAAAUAGCAGAAGGCUUAGUAAUUAAUAGAUGAUGCUAUUAAUCUUGAGAAUCAAGAACAACAAGAAAAAGUAAGAAAAUUGACUAACGAUGAAGAUAUGCAAGUUGAGUAAAAUGAGGAUCAAAUCAUUUUCCUCGCAGUUUAAACUCUGUUUGACUAGUAUUUACAUCUUUUCCAGAAAGCAAGAAUCUUCGAAAUAAAAAAACUGCACAAGCUAGUGAAGUAAAUUGCUAACUAUGUUCAUGGAUUCAUUAUGAAAAAGGAUACUGCUCCUUAAAAUACGAAGGAUAAGGCUUAAGCAUAGAUUUUACAUAACAAUAGCAAAUAAAUAAGUUCAAAUAUUCUAAAGCUGAUUGCUAAAUUUGGUCUCAUUAAAAUGAUUGAUGCAAAUAUCAUUGAGCAUGAUCAUGCAAAAGUCAAUGAAAUACUCUAAAAUUAGACAUCAAAGACUCUAAAAGAAAGUGACAUAAUUCUUGAUAAAGAACUAGCCAACCAAAUAUUCGACUCUCCAAUUUUGGUAUUUAAAAAAGAAAAAGAAGAGACUAAGCAUGACCAUGAGUAAGUGAAAAAAGAUCCUAUUGAUAUUAUUAUUGAGAAACUAUACCAAUAAAUGAAGAGCAGCAAACAUUUCCCUAAUAGUCUAAGAGAGUUAGAAAGACUUAUCAAAAAGCAUAUUGUUAAAAAGGGAGAGUCGCAACAAGAUGAAGAUAAGACUGUGGAAUCAGUAAUGAAGCGAAUGAAUGAUAAGGGAAUGUUUACUCAAAAGACCAGAACUGGUGAGUCUAAGGAGCAUGCAAAGGAUCCUAAAUUGAGAAAUGUAGAUAUAAUUGAGCUUUAUAAAAAGGAAAAGAAGGAAGAUAUACCAAUUGUAUUUGAGAGUUCGUUGCUGGCAAAGCCACAAUGA